GUGGACUGAAUAAAUAGCGAGUGAGAUGCGGAUCAGAAUGACAUGAGAUGUGGAGCAGCAGCAGCAGCAGCAGCAGAAAGGGUAGGAGACAAUCCAUAGUAGCUGCUCGUUAGUCACCCCAGAUCAGCGCUCAAUAGGCAACCGGAUUCUUAACUGAACUCUCUCUUCUUUUUUUUUUUUUUUUUUUUACCUCUUAUAAUCUGAGCUCUUGCGUGCGCUCCUACACCACUUUCCUCUGUCAGCGCUCUGAUCCAAGUUUUCUCGGUGAAACCCUAUCCCUCUGCUGCUAACAGGUUGGAACAAUAAAUGUUUUAUUUAUUUAUUUUUUUUUUUUUUGCGCGUCUUAAUAUCGCUUAUCUGAAAUUCAUAGAAAGCACGGCCAAGAUGAUGAUGAUCAUCGCGGAGUUCUUCGUGGUUAUCUUGAAGGUGCUCUGGGCGUUUGUGACAGCCGGGGCCAGAUGGGUCGUGCGACCCAAGGAGAAGAGCGUGGCGGGACAGGUGUGCGUGAUCACCGGGGCUGGGAGCGGCCUCGGGCGGCUGUUCGCCAAGGAGUUCGCCCAGCGACGAGCGGUCCUGGUCCUGUGGGACAUAAACAGCCAGAGCAAUGAGGAAACGGCAGAGAUGGUACGACAGAUAUACCACGAAACGGAGACUCCCGUCGCAAAAGAUGGACCUGUUGGAGGAGUGGAGGAAGUCCCUGCUUUUCAGCCUCAGGUCUACACGUAUGUGUGUGAUGUGGGCAAGCGCGAGAGUGUGUAUUCCACGGCGGAGAAGGUGCGGCGAGAGGUGGGAGAGGUGGACAUACUGAUCAACAACGCUGGCGUGGUCUCAGGCCACCACCUGCUGGAGUGCCCAGACGAGCUGAUCGAGCGCACCAUGGUGGUCAACUGUCACGCACACUUCUGGACCACCAAGGCGUUUCUCCCCAAGAUGCUGGAGCUGAAUCACGGUCACAUUGUGACUGUUGCCAGCUCCCUCGGUUUAUUCAGCACAGCUGGAGUUGAGGAUUACUGUGCCAGCAAGUUCGGUGCCAUCGGGUUUCACGAGUCCCUGAGCCACGAGAUUAAAGCCUCAGAGAAGGACGGCAUCAACAUGACCCUGGUGUGCCCUUACCUGGUCAACACGGGAAUGUUCAAAGGUUGCAGGAUAAGGAAGGAGAUAGAGCCUUUUCUGCCGCCCCUGUCGCCGGAGUUCUGUGUGAAGCAAGCCAUGAGAGCCAUCCUCACAGAUCAGCCAAUGGUCUGCACACCUCGCAUCAUCUACAUGGUUAACUUUAUGAAAAGCAUCCUGCCCUUUGAGGCCAUCGUGUGUAUGUACCGGUUCCUCGGUGCCGACAAAUGCAUGUACCCUUUCCUAGCUCAGAGGAAGGAGGCGAUGAACAACAAUGAAGCGAAGAACGGGAUCUAAGGAGAAGUGUUUACAACUGGGGCAUUCAUGCAGUGGAGCGACAAAUGGUUUGCCACCUUCCUGAUUUUCAGUUUUUUUGUGUAUUUUCACACACUUCAGUGUUUCAGAACAUCACGGCAAUUUAAAUAUUAGUCCGAGUAAAGUGAUAUCCCGCUAAACCUAAUAACUGGUUGGGCCAACCUUAGCAGCAACAACUGCAAUCAAAUGUUUGUGAUAACUUAUGAGUCUUAUGAUGAAUUUUUGGCCUUCUCAUCUUCGCAGAAUUGUUGUAAUUCAACCAGAUUGGAGGGUUUUUGAGCACCAUGUUUCACUGUUGAUAAGCAGUUACUUUUAUGCCAGAUGUAAUGGGACACACACUGCCCAAAGAGUUAAACUUUUUGUCCUGUCAGUCCACGAAAUAUUUUUCCAAAAGUCUUAGUCAAGUCAAGAUGUGUUCUGGAAAAAUCGAGGCAAACUUUCCUCUGCCAAGCAAGCCAUUUUUGCCAAGUCUCUUAGGCAUAACCUUUGACCUUAACUGAGGCAAGUGAGGCCUGCAAUCACUUUUUCUCAAGGCCACAAGCCACGUAAUGGGCCAAAUUAAGGCAUUCCUUAUUUUCUUUUGAUAAUGAAUGCCUUCAUUUAAAAACUGCAUUUUGUGUUUACUUGUGUUAUUUUUAACAUUUAAACUGGACAGAUGUUCUGAAACAUUUAAGUGUCAAACAAAUAGGAAAUCAGGAAGGGGGCGAAGACCUUUUCACACCGAUGUACCUGCAAGCAUAUGGAAACAACCACUGAAGACGAAAGAUGGGGGAGGGUGAAAAAAAAAAAGAAAAAAGACUGAAUCUAGACUGGUGCACUUGCAUUGAGCAAAUGCAAAGAUUUACCAUAUUGUUCCUCUGGAACAAAAAAGCUGCGUACUACACAAAGGAAUCAUUUGAGUUUUUGUUUUCAUAGAAAUCAACAUCUAUAUACCAUCACUAGUUUUGAAAUCAUACAAAAAAAAGGUAUCCAGUAAUUAACUCUUUACAUAAUGUAGUCACCAGCCUUAUCUAGUGUCAUUGUGGAAAUAUACAGUAUGUUACUGUACAAACAGUAAUCUUUUUUUUCACUUAUUUUAUUUUUUGUAGACAUGCACUGUAAGUUCUAAUUUUUAUGUUGUAAAUUCCGAUUUGCUUUUCCCCACACUGCCAGUGAUCUUUGUGUAGAUUUAACACAAUGCUUCAAGAUAGCCAACAUUUUCUUAUUCAGAGGCUUUUAUUCAGUCCAGUUUACACAGCAUUGAUUCAUGCUAGUGUGCUUUUUUUUUUUUUUUUUUUUGCCACGUACCAUCUUUCUUGUUUUGCCUGAAUAUGUAAUUUUUAGAGACAUGUAGCAUAGUUUGAUUUUUUAAAUGCAUUCCAAAUGGGACUCAGUGGCCAAGUUAUUGAUAACCUUUUUUGGACUUUCCUGUAUCAUGAGUCUCAGUCAUUGCUGUUCUCAUAAAUCUCUUAAAUGGAACGUGAGUAAAAAUAAAUAAAUCAUUGUCCUGGGU